GAAUGAUUUAAUUUUUAUUGUUAUUGUGCUGUCAAGAUUCGUGAGAUUUAUUUAACCCAGUGCGCGUUAUUGACUGCUUUGUCUGUUAAAUCUUUCGGCUGGUCUCACUUACGAACCGGGUACUGCAAGGAGCAACAAAUGUUCGUCCUCUCGUGAAAGAAAAGUUUCCUUGUUCAAGUAUUGAUUUUUGGCUUAGAAGCCCGAGCAAACACGGAUCUAUUUACGGAACUCAAUAAACACGGUUGAUUGAGUUCCGUGGGCCUAGGCCUAAUCGAUUUUUUUACGGUAGUGAAACUGACUGUUUGCCUAAGUGCACUCGUGCAAGCUUUUUAGGGUCAGUCUUGGUGAUGUUACUGAUGUAUUCUUUAAUAUGGGCACAUUCAAAACGCAAUUUAUGUUGCUGCCUUUAUUUAAUCGAGAAUCCAUCAAGAAAAACCAUCAUCGUGCGAUUGAAGGGUCCCUCCCGAGCCGUCCAUCAUCGAUCAGGCCGCCGGCUGAGCCGUUGCGGGCCGGGGCGUUCUGACGUCAAUUGCGAGAAGUGAUUAAGCUAUGCUAGUGUUAGAAAUGACGUUCAAACGGAUUGGAUUAUUCGACUUGCAAAGAGCCUGCUGCUCAUCAGUGCACGUCUGACUUAUGUAAGGGGUUGAUAACAAAUAACAACCCUGUGCUUGUUGUCAACCUUGUGUUUGUUCGGACCCAGAUGCGGUAUUUUACGGGAACAUGGGCAGCGGAGCCAGCACAGAUUCUAGCGAGGAGCCCUCGACUCAGAUCACGGGCGCCGAUGCUUGCGGGAGCUCGCCGGGCCCUCGUGGUUCGAUCACCCGGCACCGCAGUUCAUCCCAAGCCGCCGAUCCACACCAAAACAAACCCGUAAAGCGAUCAACCGAUCACAUCGACGCAACCGCGAUGACAGAGGAGGAAAAGAUGAAAAAGAAAACUCAUAAAUUGUUUUCAGAGACGAGUGCCAGCGAGGACGAGUUAAUCCCGAGCGCAAAGUCGAGUUUGGAGUCCGACGACGCCGCUUUUUACAAGUUUUGCGGGGAGAUCGACCACGUGAUGGAGGGGCACAGCUCCGUGGUGGAUGCCUCGCAGAGGAGAAAAAAAUCCUCGGUGUGCUCCUCAGUUGUGCCCGGUGCAGGUACGGAGCGCACAUCGAGUGGGCCCGUGCAGCCAACUUUUCAUCUGGAACAGCUUCACCAACACGACACAUUUCCAACUCUACAGAAACAACAGGACCCACAAUUCCAUCACCAACAUUUAACACACAUGGAGCGCCAACAUCAAAAAGCACAACAUCGCUGUGACCAGCAGCUGCCCACCACCAGACCUGCCCCCCGCAUCCCUCCACCCCUUGCUGCCAAAAGUCUGGAAAACCCGUUAUCCAUCUGGAAGAGGCCCGAAGAUUUAGCCCACCAGGAACAAGCACUCAGGGACCGGUACCAGGACACUUGGGUUCCUCCCCAUCGUACCGAGGCCGAGUCCGCAGCUCAUUCCUCCGCAACCGGUCUAUCACGGGGAGCAUCUCGAGAUGAAGGGUCGAUGAUGCGGAUGAGGCAAAAUUUAGAUCACCAGCCAUUUCAGGAGGAAAGAAAAGAGAUGAAAUGGGAAGAACCCGCAUUGCAAGAAAAGGAAGGCUUUGACAUUUCCAAAUUUAAAGCAGCUAAUAAAAAGAAAAAUGGCCACAAAGUGGACAAGUUGCUGCCAGCAACCUACAAAGGCUACAAUGCCAGCCUGUCUCGCCAGGGUACCUUGCCCUCCCUGCACAGGGGUAGUAUCUCCUCCACUGCAUCCAGCUCUGGUACACCAGCUAGCGACAAACACGGAUCUUCCCCAUUUGACGACAGCAAAGACUUGAAAUACAACCCUUCAGAAGAAGCCCUUCUAGAUUUCAUCGAAAAGGAAUUCUCCUGAUUUAUGCUUAGCCAAUUUUUUUUUAAAGCCUGCCGAAUACUUGCGUUAACAGCACCAGAGUUUUUUUGUUGUUGUAACAAAUUUGUUAUUCUGCUCUUUACACUCAAAACUUAAGCAGGGGGUGAUAGUAAAAACUAGGAAGCAAUUUCAAAACCACCAAAAAAACUCAAACAAUUGCUUACAAAAUCUAGGCCAAGUCAUAUUCCACAUGACUAGUUCUCAGCCAUUUUGCUUACUGUGAAUGUUUGGUAAGUGCUUAUUUUCCCCUAAGAAGCACAAAGGA